UGUCCGGAGGAGAGCACGUGCCACCAUGCCACCGCCACGUCAGGCGCUCCCACCUUGGUCCUCUGAGUCCUACCUCGACGACCACUCUCCGCUGUCUGCCGUCUCCUGCCCGCUCACCGGCAUCACUUGUCCAUGUCUCGCCCACGACAAUACCUUGUUACUGCGCUUGAUCGGCCAACAUCCCAGCCACUUCCCUGGCAGUUCGAGCCCCACAGUCCGGCAGCCACCGCGCAGCCUCUACUAUGCAACUGAAGGCUACUGGAACUAUGCGUUGUCGGAGGAUUAUUAUUAUGUUCACCUCAUUCCAACAGGGCCCGGCCCAAUUCUUCGACCGUCUUCGAUUGUCGUCCUCGCCUCAAAACCCGUGUUCGGACUUAUCAGUCAUCAGGGUAAGGAGGCCGACGUUAUUGGUCACAAGGAGAUGAUGUGGAAGUUUGGCAAGGUCAAAAUCGACGACGGUGCCUUGAAGCACGGCGGGGCUGACGACGAGGAGCCUGCGGUGGAAGAUCCGGCGUUUGGCACUGCACGCGAGGCACACUUCGACAAGAAAAUGCGUGUCUUGCAGUGGGCACAGCGUCAAGGUUGGCCCGGGGCUGAGGGCCCUCCAGUGCCAAAGGGCGCCGCCCGGCCGACUGGGUACGGUGAGUGCCAGGAUUCGGACCUCUCGGAGGCGGCGGCGGAUCAGCACAAGUGGGACAAGGAGAAACUGAGCGCAUGA